AUGGCAGGGAUUGAACAAAUCAUCGUUCACUCCAAGAGUUACCUGGUGAAAAGAAAAGGCAUCAACUUUGGCAUCUUCAAACACCCAGGGACGAAGACCGACCUCGCGCCAAAUCUACCAUCGCAAGAGACUGUUGAGAAUACUCAAGGACACAUACCCUCGACGCCGGCGCUCGAUCAUGUCGCGCGACCUGCUUUGCAGUCGCGACGGAGUUCGGUGAUCGCUGGCACAGUGGUGGAAAAGCUAGAGGGAAUUGGCAUGAAGUCUGUCGCAUGGACAGGCAGAUGUGAAGCGGACAAAGUGGCUAUGGGUCGAUACGAUGUUCCGAAGGGCGAAGGAGGUACCUACGGCCUGGUGUUCGACAACACGUUCUCCAAGACCAUUUCCAAGAAUGUGACAUUCGUCUUGAUGACACAUCCAACGGACACGCCGCCAAAGUCUGGACACCACCUCCACUAUGCCCAAGCAUUCACGAGCAAUCCUAGCAGUGCCGUAGGAUCUGGGUAUACACCUUCGCUUGAACCAGUAACGGACUCGAACGAGUCCUUGCCGCACAGCUUAGGCCAACAUCGCGGAGUGUUGGAAGACCCACGACCGCAUUCAAAAGGGGGUCAUGGGGUUGAGAGUAAGGGCAUUGAAGGUUCAACAUUCUACACUGGGAUCUUGUACAAGAAGAGGAGAAAAAAGGGACAAGGUUUUGCAAAGCGAUUCUUCUCGUUGGAUUUCACGUCAUCGACACUAUCCUAUUACCGGAACCGACACUCGUCCGCGUUGCGAGGCGCCGUGCCCCUGUCUCUGGCAGCGAUCGGCGCGAAUGAGAAGACGCGAGAGUUCUCCGUCGACUCUGGGGCAGAGGUGUGGCAUCUGAAAGCAACCAACAGGAAGGACUUCCAGAGCUGGAGAGAAGCGUUCGAACGUGCGUCUACUACGGUGAAUGCAUCUGCGCCUGGCACCCCGGGGACUGCCAUUCAGGCUUUCAGAACACAACAAGGCAGCUGGGUCGGCCCGCAGGAGCAGCACGAAUGGGCGAGAAUCGAGCAGCUGGUCAGCAAGGUAUCUGGGACUAGGGACGCCGUACGUGGACUGGCCAAAGAUACGGAUAGAAAGGGCUCGCUCAGUACGGGUCUGGGCUUGUCUUUGCCUGAAGGAGGUAGCAAUACACCCAGUCCGACGUCGAACGAAGCGCCAUCACAGUAUUUCCCCGACGUGGACGAGCGUGGCAGCCAGCGCAGGCCGUUCUGGAAGCGGACUGCAAGUGCAGAGAGAAGUCCUUCAGGUCUCUUCCGCAGAAGUGUCUCUGCGCAGCUCACGGUUCCGACAACCUCUGCCGUUCCCAGCUCGCCUUCGAGCGGAGGUAAUCCGAUGUUUCGACGACGCCCUAGCGGCCAGGCGCCGCAAGCUCUGAUGCAGAACGAAGUGCAUGAGAGAUGCAUGGCAUUGUUGAAUGAUCUUGACAGCGUGGUGCAAGACUUUUCCACGCUGAUCGCCGAAAGCAAAGCACGGCGCAACCCGCCCCAGCUCACGACUGGCUCGCGGCUUUCUAUGGAUUCCAUCGACACUCAGGAGUUCUUCGAUGCUGACGAUGGCAGGGGACUGUCGCAGCUGCUAUCGAUCCGCCGUUCGAGCGAAUUCGAUGAGUUACAGGAAGAGAAACUGUUUGACGAUGCGAGAGAGGCAGACUCGGACAGCAGCAGCGACAGUGGUGAUGCACCCUCCGACUCAAUCCUCUUUACAACGAACUCGGCAUCUGCAAAGUCGCCCAUAUUUCCUGCCAAACCCGACAAGCUCACCCCUCUUCCUCUUCCUGGAGUGAAGCGCCGUGCCACCAUCAAGCCCCCUAAGCAAGCGCCGCCGAGCAUCAUCGGCUUCUUGCGAAAGAACGCCGGCAAAGACUUGUCGACUGUCUCAAUGCCAGUGACCGCGAACGAGCCUACUUCACUCCUCCAGCGACUCGCCGAGUCCAUGGAAUACGCGAACCUACUCGAUGAAGCUGCUGCAGCUCGCUCCGAAGAAGAGCGCUUGAUGUACGUGACGGCUUUUGCAGUUUCAUAUUUUGCGAACAGCCGCGUCAAAGAACGCGCAGUGCGGAAGCCGUUCAACCCGAUGCUGGGGGAGACUUUCGAACUCGUGAGAGAGGAUCUGGGUUUCAGAUUCUUGGCGGAGAAAGUCUCUCAUCACCCGGUUCGCAUGGCGUGUCAAGCCGAGAGUCUCAACAAUGGCGGUUGGUGCUACGCUCAGUCUCCUUUGCCUACACAAAAGUUCUGGGGUAAAUCAGUCGAGGUUAACAACGAAGGCCGCGCCCGAGCUGUGCUGCACGCAGUGGGCGAACACUACUCGUGGAGUCAGGCGACAUGUUUUCUGCGAAACGUCAUCGCAGGCGAGAAGUAUGUCGAGCCGGUGCAGACCAUGACUGUUCAAAACGAGACGAACGGCAUGCGAGCAGUCGCUACCUUCAAAGCAGGAGGCAUGUUCUCCGGCCGUAGCGAGGAAGUCUCAGUCCAGCUCUUCGGCAGUCCCGCUCUGACUUCUGUGCUGCCGCUCGGCCUUGCAGGCAAAUGGACCGAAAGCUUGAAGCGCACAGAUACUGGCGAGACAAUCUGGACGGUAGGAUCGCUGGUACCUGACGCAGCGAAAGUCUACGGGUUGACCUCUUUCGCCGCCGCUCUAAACGAAGUCACUGAAGUCGAAGAGAACCACCUCCCGCCGACUGACUCUCGACUCCGUCCGGAUCAACGCGCGCUGGAGAUGGGCGACUCGGACAAAGCGGAGGCUCUGAAGGCGCGGCUGGAGGAGCGGCAGAGGGCGAGGAGAAAGGUAUUGGAGACGCAUGGCCACAGCUGGACGCCGCAGUUCUUUGAAAAGGUCGACGGGGAUGUUUCUGGGGUGGAGGAGGAGGUUUGGGUAUUGAAGAAGGACGAUGGGUAUUGGGCGAAGCGGGAGAAGUCGGACUGGAGUGGAGUGCAGGAGGUGUUUGAGCUUUGA